AUGGGGGGUCUUAUGAUUGGGGAGGUGGGUGGAAUGAAUCACAUUAUUGGAAAAAGCCUUGGCUGGACCAUCCCCCAGAAUGCUUCCUUCUACCAAGACUGGGCAGCACCCAGAACUUUCGCCGUUGGUGACAAGUUGGUCUUCUUGUAUAGUUCGGGCAUGCACAAUGUGAUAGAGGUUAGCAAGGCGGAUUAUGAUGCAUGCACUCAAAAGAAUACGAUCAGUGUACACUUCAGCGGGCCGACGGUUCUUAAGCUCGCUAAGCCUGGGGAUCACUACUUCAUCUGUGGCCUCAGGCAGCACUGUUUGCGUGGCCAGAAACUGAGCAUUAAGGUGGCACAGGGGCAAGUGCCUGUGGAGUCUGGUGCCGAUUCUGCUAAGUCUUUGUUCAGUUUCAGGCUGGUUUCUGUUUUAUUAAUCUUUGUGCUUUUCAUGCCUAUUUGA